AUGCUGUCAACGGUUGGCCCUCAAAGGGCCGUGGCACCAUUACAUACCAAAGAACAAGUAACAUCACCGGUUUUCAACCAAAAACCGAUUGAACCUACUGUUCCGGCGCAAUUACGCCAAUUGCUUAAGCGAUAUUAUAGUCUUGAGAAGGAUGCCGAUAUGCACAUUUUACCUAGUAAUCCCAACAAGCGUUUUGUCGUGUAUCGAGGACAAUUAAGAACGAUCGAUUUAUCUGCCUGGCAAACAAUUCAGCAGGACAGUAUUCCUCCGCAGUUUAGCAGUAAUGGUUUGAAAGCAAGUCCUAAUUCACCUUUGGAAGAUUUAGGAGCGGAUGGACGAGUAGCUCCACCUGUGACACCAGUGACACCACUUCGAACACCCUCGACGAUAGCUCGUCAUGCAUAUGAAUCGGAACGGAAUAAGCUUUCGGAUAAAGAACGAGAAUUCUUGCAAAAAGAACGUCGUCGGAGCAAUGCAUAUAAAACUUCGCUCUGUCAUGCGUUCCGAGAUACUGGACAGUGUUCAUACGGUCUUCUGUGUCGAUUUGCACAUGGCGUGGGCGAACUACUUCCUGCACCAGGGCCACAUCCCAAAUAUAAAACGCGGUUAUGCAACAAGUUUGCUUUGUAUCACUCAUGUCCAUAUGGCAGCCGUUGUCAGUUUAUUCAUAUGCCUUCGUCUAGAGUGCAAAAUGAUUUGGUAGGUUCGAUACAUAUGGAUUUCACGGCAAGUCUUGACAGUGCUGGUAAGCGUGCAUUACACUGUCGGCAUUAUUCAGGAGGGGCAAGACUAAGAUUUUGUUCAAGGAAUGCACGUGUUUUCAAUGUAGCAGGGUUUGAUGGCUGUGAUUCAUUUUCGCAGCAGUGUUUUGGUUCCGGUAGCAAUUUGCAGGCCACUGAAAUGUCACAUAAUUGUAACUCAGAGGCUGUUCAGACUUUUUGCCAUCAACAUUCACCGAAUGCAGGCGCAACAAGCAAUGCAAGCGAAAAUUUCGAAAGAAUAUUGGGUGUUCGAUCAAUAGAUGGUUCGAAUGAAAUGAACUCUGAUAGUACUGCGAUAGAUAACUUCUUCAGUACUUUAAGUAUUGGUGAGCCUAGUAAUCCAUUCACGCAAUCGUGUUUUCCACGAAUAAAUCCAGAGAGCUGCGCUGGGGAAGGUGCGACCGUUGGCCAUGCGAAUAGCGUCGAUAUGCCAUCCUGUGUUCCGUGA